AUGUUGUAUUACAUUCCCACCCCGUUUGAUCUUCAUCUGAACGGCCUUACCUUUUCGACUUUGCCCGCAGUGACACUGACACAGACUCUGCCGGCCGAUGUAUACGAAUUUGUCUACCAUGUAAUACAUCCAGAAGGCACGCUCUCCCUCGAAGAGCUACAUUCCAUCACUAGUAAUGUGUGGUUAACACGUCAUGCCCGACAAAAAAGUACCAAGGAGUUGAAGCUGGACGAGAUCAAGCUCCGUAUAUCAGAACAAUACCGCACAGGAAUGUGUGUGCCUGAUCUUACACAUGAAGCUACCGUCAAGCUAUUCCGCAAAUGGGAUCAGACGGAAGUUGCUUACAUCCAGCUCCUACGUUUCAUCCGAAUCAUCAGUGUGGAUCCUAUGUCAGAUCUGCAAUCAUAUCAAAACAAGCAUUCCCUCAAAGAAUCAGUUCCUCCGCAAGCCAUCGAUGAAGCCAUGGUCACUGAUCGUGAUGACACGCUCCUCAUUGAACUGCCAUCAUGGUUCGCAAGUACGAUGAUGAUGAUGAUGAUGAUGAUGAUGAUGAUGAUGAUGAUGAUGAUGAUGGAUGGUCCACUUUCAUAGCUGAGAUACAAAAUUUGAAUACUAAUAUUGGCGGUAUCUAC